AUGAUGAGCACCAAGUUCCUAGUCGUUUUCUUCCUUUCCUUGUUGAAUGCUUCUCAAGCCAUGUAUCGAAACAAGAACAAGGAUGAAGCAGCCGCGAAACAUCCACCAGCAAGUGCACAAGAAAUGAAGGCUCUCAUGGAAGAACGUUCUAGACGUCGUGCACAAGAAGAAACCGUUGCGACCGAUGGUACUACUACUACUACCCCUGAUAAGGGCGACAAGAUGAUCUCCCGAAAUGGUGAUGUCAAGAUCGAUGGUGAUGAAAUUGAAGUGUCCUUUGUGGUUACAAUGGAAGAAUUCAGAGACACUGUCAUUGGAGAAACUGAAGUCUUGGGCGACAAGUUUGUCUUUUCUGGACCGAUGGCCCUCGCUAACGACUCUACUGGAACAUGGGAAGCUGGCGAAGACGAGAUUGGUGUCGCCACCGGUUCGUGCGUAGUCUGCCUGGCAGAACCCCAAUGGUGCUGCGACUUCUUUUUCACCUUUGAUAAGAAUGGAGGAGAAUUUUUCCAAUUUGCCACGGUUGCUUCCAGUGGAUAUGUCUUUGAAGACGAAGGCCGCUUCUGGGUUACUGGUGCAGGAGGAGACUUUGUUGCUUCUCACAAUGGAAUGGGAGAAAUGAUAUUGGAUCCUUUCUUCAACCCCAUCUUUUAUUUCAAGCUAAACCUUCGAGCCUAA